GUCUGAACGACUUGCAGACGCUCAGAACCCUAGACACAAGACUCAUAGAACUUCAAGCUGAUAUCAUUCAACAUCUUGCGCAGCUCGAUCCAGAGCACAGUCGGCAAGGCUGCGUAUUCGACCACUCUCAGGAUGGCCUCGCGGUACAUCGACAUCGCUGUCAAUUUGACUGAUCCACAAUGGUCCGGAAGCUAUCAUGGCAAGCAGAGGCACCCUUCAGACAUCGAACAAGUGUUGUCAAGGGCCAAAAGAGCAGGAGUACAGAGGAUCCUGAUCACUGGCACGUCGUUAGAAGAGUCGAAGAUCGCUCUGGAGCUCGCAAAGAAAUUCAGCUUGCAUUGCACUGCGGGGUGUCAUCCGACCCAGACGAAUGAGCUGGACCAGUUUGAAGCUGGACCGUCAGGAUAUAUCGACGGUCUGAGAGCAUUGAUUGAAACAGAUCAAGCGGAAGGAGGUUCAAAGAGGAUAGUCUCAGUCGGGGAAAUCGGUCUAGACUAUGACAGACUGCAUUUCUGCUCUAAAGAAACUCAACAGAAACAUCUUCCAGCGUUGUUAGGACUUGGCAAGCAAUUUCGACUCCCAAUGUUUCUGCAUUCUAGGACUUCAGAAGCGCAUCAUGAUUUCGUCAAGAUACUUCGGGAGGCUGGAUGGGGGACGAAGGGAGAAUCAUGGGCCGGAGGCGUGGUACACUCGUUCACGGGUACGAAAGAAGAGGUGGAAGAGCUGGUCGACAUGGGCUUGUACAUCGGUAUCAACGGAUGUUCCCUUAAGACGGAGCAGAAUCUAGAAGUCGUCAAGCACAUUCCGAUAGAUCGACUGUUGCUCGAGACUGAUUCACCAUGGUGCUCCAUCACUUCUACUCACGCCUCGUAUGCCCUCUUUCCUGAAGGGCUACCUCAAAUUAGUGACCACGGUAUCAAAGGUCGGAUGGAGCCAGCGGAAGUAGUCGUUAUAGCCCAUCUCGUUGCGAAAUUGAAAGGCAUGGACGUCGAGGAGCUGUCCAGAAUAGUUUGGGAUAACACAAUGCGCCUCUUUCCAGGCAUGCAAUAG